CGAAAUUACAGGACAGGACACCGGAAGUGAUUUGUGCUCUUACUGUUUGUACCAUUUUGGACACUGUUGUGCAACUUUAUGACUUUAUGACACUUACCUUAAUAAUUUGACUUCGAAGUAGCUAGUUAAUAUGCGAAGUUAUUGGGAGAGCGCUACAGAAACGAUUUAGCCAAUGUAUUGGCGUUAAUUUGCUUAACAUAUUUGACUAUACAUCGAUUAUAAAGUUCAUGUUCGCACACAUCAUGGAGAGGAAGAGCUAGCUACCGUUACCUUGAGUCUUUACUGCUCACUCACAUAAGCAAGCACAUGCAGAUGAAUGUGAUAUUCUCUCUGUAAACUAGUUACUUCAUAAUGUCGGCCCUCUAUCGAUGUGUUCCGUUCAACCGUGUUUCUAACUUAAAAACAGUGUCGAUACAGGUCAUGAGAUUUGGAUAUAAUGUGCCUCCUCCACAGUGGAAGACACCCGACAGCCUCCUGCGAGUUGAAAACACAGACACAACACAGACAACGAGCCGAAGUAGUAUGGCUAAUAAUUCAAGGACGCUCAGUUUUCCUGGCUCGAGGGGCCCAAGUUCAACUGAGAAUGGAGUGAAGAGGGAAGUGAAGAGGGUUUCUAUCGAGGGCAACAUUGCUGUUGGAAAAUCAACCUUCGCAAGACUCUUGCAGGCAGCUUGUCCAGACUUGGAGGUGGUGGCAGAACCUGUCAGCAAGUGGCAGAACAUUGAAAGUGGGACCUCGAAGGGGACAGAUGCAUCCCCCCAGACAACAGUCAGCAACCUGCUGCAGAUGAUGUACCAGGACCCACAGCGAUGGUCGUACACAUUUCAGACAUUUUCCUGUAUGAGCCGGCUGAGAACGCAGCUACAGCCUCCUCCGCCUCACCUGCUCCGCUCAGAGGGAACACCUCUCCAGGUGUAUGAGCGCUCCAUCUAUAGCGACAGAUACAUCUUUGCCCUGAACAUGUUUGAGCUGGGUUGUAUCAACUCUACAGAGUGGGCAGUCUACCAGGACUGGCACUCUUUCCUGGUGGAGCAGUUUGGACACCAGGUGGAGCUGGAGGGCAUCAUUUACCUCAGAGCCCCACCAAAGAAAUGUAAGGAGCGUCUCGCGCGUCGGGGCAGAGCAGAAGAGAAAGGAGUGAAACUCGACUAUCUGGAAAAGCUGCACGUUCAACAUGAGAGGUGGCUUGUUGAAAAGAGCACUGAGAUACAUUUUGAGAAGUUGAAAGACAUACCUGUGUUACAACUGGAUGCCAGUGUUGAGUUUCAGAGCGACCCAGAGGUGCAGGAGGAAUUCAUAACAAAGAUGAAGACUUUCUUCAGUGCUUUGUGAGAAGACAGUCAUCUGCUAAACAUCUGCAGGGGAAACCGAUGAGACCAGUCGGACCUCAGUCAGUCGCCUGUGUUCGCUGAUACAUAACUGCAAGUGAGCCUCUCACAGAGUGAAGGAACUAUAAAAUAAUAUAAAAGGUUAAGCUACAGGACCUACAUGAAACUGACAUACUGAAUUUUGUGUUACCUCCAAAGAGACUUUGAUUGUUAGUUUUUUUUUUUUUUGUUCAUUCAUUGUUCACUGGCUAUUUAAAGGUACUUCCAAUACUGUGCUGUUAAUUCCACUUAAAUUAAAAAUGUAAAAAUAUAACGGAAUGUAAAAACUGUGCUGUCACUACUAUGACCAUUUGGAACCUUGUUUACUGAGCAUCAUACCGUUCUUGUGUAUGUUACUGUUUUACACAUUCCUGAUAAUAAAUGAAAACCUUUGAAAA